CGGAGAACUCCACCGCCUACCUACCGUGAUUAUUAACUGCUCAUGCGGCCCAACGCUGGAUAAAAAUUUAUGCAGGGUUUGGUGCCGGUAUUGGCUAAUUACUAUACCAAGGCACCUAUUAAUCUGAAGAAUUAUCUGCAAUGAGGCUUCUGCAAACGCUCGGCCUUUUAUCAGUAGCUACGCUGCUCAGAAGUGUCGGAACACCAACCAGAUUGAAUCCUUACGAUGACAGGUGCAGAGUCCGUUUCUCUGAGUCCAAAGCCGAAGACUGCCCUUCAGUGGGGUACUUCUUUGAUAGCAGAUCUAGGCUUUGCAAACGAACUUGCAGCGAUGAAGCGCCAUUUGAAUCAACUUCAAAAUGCACCAGGAGGUGCAGAAGCGUUGUCGUCUGCUUCAUUCCACGGCGUCGUAAUCACUGUGACGAUGUUCCAAUGGUCACAGUGUACUAUUUUGACAUCAAUAAAGGACGCUGUCUUGCCGAGAGGGGAUGCACAUACAACGGAAAUAACUUUCCUACUUUAGGAGAGUGCGAACGCACUUGCGGUGUCGGGUCGCAAGAAGCAGGAGAAGCAACAGGCGGUGCCCAGUUUGGCGCAACAGGUAACCAAACGUGGAACCAUCCGCAUCGAGAGCCUCACACGACUCAGCAAGCUCCUCCGGUCAUCGCUUCUUCAGACAAUGCAACUGCGACCGGAAGCGAAUCCCCUUCGACGUACCCUCUUUCUCCAGACGAUUUGAAAUGCCGCUAUCACGAACAAGAGACCGUACCCAAGAACUGCAGUUCUUUGAAAUACUACUUCGACCAUGCUUCGAGAGUCUGCAAGACUACGUGUAACUCAGGAGCGCCAUUUAAAACAGGGUGGGAAUGUAGCUGGAUAUGCCGGAGCGUGAUCCAUUGCUUUAUUCAGCGGCCUGCCGUACUUUGCGCUGGUCGCCAAACAACCACCAUUUACUACUUCGACAUUUUCAAAGGAAUGUGCUUUCCGCAACAAGGAUGCUCAUACAGAGGGAACAAUUUUCCCACACUGCAUGAAUGUCAACGCACUUGCGGUGUAUACACAGGGACGAAGCAGCAGGCAGAAGUAGCCAGACAUACCAGUUACGCCGUUCCAAGCAAUACCCGACCAUCAAGGCCCCAAUUAGAAGCGCCGAAUACUGUUCGAGGAUUUACAGGAGCCGAACAAUCGAAUAACGUUGCAGAGGCCACCGGAGGUAGUGAAUCAAGUGUCCGGCGAAGCACAGGGGGCAGAGACUUAACAGAAGUGAGUGAAGCAGGAUUAGGACAUUCGAGUGCUUUAGUGAACGCUGCAAAUGGCAAUGCUGCAGGAACACAUUACAAUAUGUCAACAGAGUCCACUCCAGGCCCCGGAAUAUCAGGCCCAUAUCCCGCUGCUAUUUCUAAUUCUCCACUACAUAAUGGAGAAGGAGUCGCUUACUCACCUGAUACAACGCAUUUCACAACAGCCAACAAAGUACAUUUGCGAAACCCAGUAAAUGUUGCUGGCUCAACCGGAAGCAGUGCACCAGAAGCCGGAUAUUCCAAUAUGAAACCAGACUCUAGAGAUAGAAACAUACCAGGAGUACGGCCCAGCCCUCAUGUAAGGCAUUCUGCAAGCAGCAACGAGCCAGUAGAAGAAGCCAUUUCAGGUGCCAGAAGCUCCCCAGGAGGCGACAGAAGAGGAAGUGGCCACGCCAAUAGGCACUCAAUACGUGCAGAAGUAAACCAAACAGACUUCCGACACCACGCUGGUCCAGUGACUUCAUCAGCAGGUAAUAGAGAAGAGGCACUAUCUUCCACCGUUCUCAGAAGUUCGACAGGGGGCCGUGAAACCUGGGGAAGGCACUCCAGUGGGGAACCACAGCCUACGGAAGAGAGUGGAUCAGGAGUUCGAAACCACCGCGGUGCAGGACGUUCCGCAGUUCGCAACGAAACAGGAAAAGCACACCCAGAAACUGUAACAGGCUCCUCCUCGCAAGGCGACGAAAAAGAAUCCGUAAACUCCAAUGAUGUCUCACUUAUUUCAGGAGGAAACCCAGCAAGGGCUUUGCACCACCCUGAUGUAACGCACUCCACGGUAGGACAGGGAAGAUAUGCAAGCGUGAGACACUCUACAGGUGGUGUCGGAAGAGAAGGUGGAUCACUCAAUACUUUCCCGCAAUCUAGUGAAGGUAGCGCCGGAGCACGCGGAAACCAUCCUAACUUGCCACCUUCUACAGCAGGCAAUAUGCCCGAAGCAGGACACCUCUUACGUUUGGUGGGUUCUGCAGGAGACCGCAGAAUAGAAUCCGGACACUUCAGUGUUGCCCCACAUGCCCCACAAGGAAGCGUAACAGGUCCCGCAGUGAGUUCUGUCUCGACAGGUACUGCAACAUCUGGCCUGACUGGAAAAGUGUACCCCAAUAUUAAUAGGCGGCACACAGGAAGUGGUGCGUCAACAGCUACAUACCCUCUUGGGCUCACAGAGGCCGAAAUAUUGAAAGGAGCAGCAACAGUACAGGAAAUUUUUGCAGCAAUUCAGGAUUUCAUUGGCACUUUGCCGUUCAAUUCCCUGCGAAAAAAAAACCGGUGGCGGACGAGGCGCCAGGAGUUGACUAGUGACUCACCUUAACAGACGCUCAGAUGCGGGAAUGGUGCGAGCGGUUCUGGGACAACGCAUGAACAUUACACGUGGAGACUGGGCAACAGCGGCCUCGAGCUAAUGUACUGUUAAGUGGCAGCAUACACUUGUUCAAUAUUUGCACAACAUAUGGUAUAUCAACAAAAACAUUAUUCCUUAAAUAAAUGCACAUUCACCUUUUAGUUGUGUUUGUACAAAAUAUUACGAGAUAAAUAUACUAAAGCAAGAAUAAAGGGGAAUGUUAAAAUUAC